GGCACCAAAGCACAUCCCCACCGCGCUCCACCCACCCCAGCCGGCCUCACCGCGCGCCAGGCAGCCGCUCCACCGUGCGUGCCAAUGGCGCCCGUCCGAGCAGCCCUCCUCGCCUUCCUCGUGGCCGCGCUGCUCCCGCUCGCCCUGUCCCGCGGGCAGGGGCGUGGCCCGCACCUGCCGGGGCACGGCCUGGUGCAUCGCCACGGGCCUGGCAUCGGUCACCACGCCCACGCGCCGCUCGGCGGUGGCGCCUGGGCCUCCGCGCACGCCACCUUCUACGGCGGCGGUGACGCCUCCGGCACCAUGGGUGGGGCGUGCGGCUACGGGAACCUCUACAGCACGGGGUACGGCUCCAACACGGCGGCCCUCAGCACGGCGCUCUUCAACAACGGCCUCAGCUGCGGGGCCUGCUUCGAGGUGCGGUGCGACCCGGGCGGCACCGAGGCCGGCGCGCCCCACGCCUGCCUCCCCGGCUCCACCGUGGUGACCGCCACCAACUUCUGCCCGCCCAACUUCGGCGAGUCCUCCGACGCCGGCGGCUGGUGCAACCCUCCCCGCGCCCACUUCGACAUGUCCCAGCCCGUCUUCCAGCGCAUCGCGCUCUACCGGGCCGGCAUUGUCCCCGUCUCCUACCGCAGGGUGGCGUGCCAGAAGAAGGGCGGCAUCCGGUUCACCAUCAACGGCCACUCCUACUUCAACCUGGUGCUCGUCACCAACGUGGGCGGCCCCGGCGACGUGCACGCGGUGUCCGUCAAGUCCACGCGCUCGGCGGCGUGGCAGUCGCUCUCCCGCAACUGGGGGCAGAACUGGCAGAGCAACGCGCUCCUCGACGGGCAGGGCCUCUCCUUCCGCGUCACGGCCGGCAACGGCCAGUCCGUGGUCUCCAACAACGCCGUCCCGCGCGGCUGGUCCUUCGGCCAGACCUUCAGCGGCGCCCAGUUCCACUGACCGCCCGCGUCAUCCAUCCGCCGAAGCAGUACUAUCUUGUAGUAGUAGUGGUCAGUAGUGUUCGUCGUCAACCUCCCGAUUGGAGCGUGCUGGGAAGCGCCAUGGUUUUAUGAUGGUUCUUCCACAAGCAUCCGACGCUCUUUGGGGAUUGGAAGCAGUAGCAGGUAGUUAGGCCUAGUAUUAUCAUGGGCUUUUAAUUGUCUGGUUAGCGCGCGUGAGUGAGUGAGUGGUAGCUGAAGCCUAAAGCAUUUGAACGAGGUUUUGGCUAGGAUGGCAGCGGUGGUAAAGGCCGGCUUGAUUAACCGACGCCGCCUUGUAUCACCCGCCUGUUUAGCGAGUGGGCCUCUUGGGUGGUGGCCUUUGUCUCGUGGAUGUUUUGGUGUGGUACUCUUCUGUCUGUGUGGUGUGUGUGCUUGGCUGUGAUGUAACCUCAGACCGAGUUAAUUUAAGCCUCUGGCUUUUGCAUGUUUUA